GUGUUCCUUGCGGCGCGAAAACUGCGCGUCACACAUUCCGAGAGUAGUGAUAAUGACACCUUCUAGUAGUUUUCUGCAGUUGUUUGAGAUCUUCGAACGGCAACAUGUAUGAUAAGGAGGAGACGCGUCACAGGCCCAGGGAGUUCUGGGACAGGGCCCAGGAAGUACCUGUUAUCCAGGAUGAACAGAAACCAAGGAAGUUCAUAAGCUUCAUCCAUUUCAUCACCUGCACAUUUGUUGGGCUAAUGGCUUUUGCACUGGCAUUUUUUAGUAAGUCUUCCCUUCUACUCCUGAUAACAGCAUCGAACACAGCCUCAAAAGCUGUGUCCACAAAGCCCUACGCACUUCUGUUUCUUGCCUGUUGCACAGUUGCUCCAAAUGUUCUGGCAUUGAUUAAAAGCAUUUGGAAAAUGACAUUUAAAGACUCAAAGACACCUUUGAAAUUAACAAUUUUAUGGGUGUUCUGCAUUGAAACUCUUGUUGCUUUUGGGACCAUGGUUCUCAUCAUUGUAGCAAUGCCCCAUUUCGACAUUAUCACCAACGUGAUGAUCCUGAACAGUGUGGGAAUCCUGUCUGCCGUGCUUCAGCUGGCUGUUAAUUUGGUUACAAGAGCGAGGAACAAGAUCCUUUUCAUUACCUCCAUUACUGCAUUCAUCCUGAUAACAGCUGGAUAUGUGCUGUUUGUACUGUUUUACAUCCUAGAGGCAACAAAUUCAAAGGACAAAAGCACAGAAUUGAUAAAAUAUAUUGGCCUUGCCAUAGCAGGGGGUAUCUUGGUCUCCCUGAACUGGUGGGAGAACUACAGCAGCCUGUUGCAGACUAACUUCCUGGGAAACCUUGUCAAGGACAUCAAGAGGUGUAGAAAUAUCAUCAACAUCAUCGCUAGUGUUGUGAGAAUUGGAGUCACAGCGAUUGUGUUGGGGGCCUAUGUCAAACUGCAGGGCCUAGAGUGGUCCUCUGUUCUGACAAUCUCACAGGACUCAAGGACUGUGGUCCUGAGCCUCUUUGCCAUCCAAGUACUCUCUAGUGCCCUCUGCCACUGGUUUGUGGUAGUGGCCUGCAAAAUGCACGCAGUGCGGCGGAGCUUUGUCAUUCCCAUGUGGCUGGCUUCCCCUGCUGUUCUUCUGGCUUUUGUGCUCAGUUUUGGAAUCCCUUUCCACAGUCUGGCCCAGAAACACACCCAAGGAAGUUACAAUUUUUCCUCCUACUGCCACGACUUCAUCAGUGUUGGCAGCUCGGACGUCAUUGCAUUUAAGCAGCUGGCUUCUGAUGUCACCUACUCGCUCUGUGCCCAGAAAACCUUCCUAAAUGGAGACACAAAAGGCUGGGCUCUGCUGGGAAGCUCUGUGCUCAGCUGGUGGCUUGGGCUGUUUCUCAGUACCAUCUACAUCUGGUUCCACCCAUACCAGCGCAUCGAGAGGACCAAGGACCUGUUUGUGCGCCGCCUGUAUGAAGGGGCUUUCAUUGACCAGUCCAUGCUUCUCAAUGCUCGCUUUGACAUCCCCCUGAAGAAGAGGCAAACCAAGGAAAAUGAACCUGUGACGGUCUUCCUGUGUGCCACAAUGUGGCAUGAGACCUACAGCGAAAUGAUGACUAUACUCAUCUCUUUGUUCAGGCUGGACAAAUUCAGACCCAGGAGAAACUCAUAUAGAGAUGUGAGAUUUGAGUACCACAUUUUCUUUGAUGAUGCCUUCCUUGACAAGAAGGGCAGUAAACAUCGCCAUGUGAAUGACUAUGCAGAGAUGCUGGUGGAGGUCAUCCAGGAAGUCUACAUGAUUUUCAGUAAUGAGGCCCCAAGUACCUUCAGAGAAUCCAGAUUAGAUUCUGAGCAUAAAAUCAUCAAAACCCCUUAUGGUGGCCGCCUCCAGUAUACGCUGCCCCAUGGUAACAUACUGAAUAUUCACUUCAAGGACAAGCAGCUGAUCCGCCACAAAAAGCGAUGGUCUCAGAUUAUGUACCUGUACUUCCUGCUAGGCUGGAAACUGAACAGGAAGUAUAUCCUGAUGUUUCAGAAUGGAGAAGAAAAAAACAUUCUGGAGGAGCAAUUGAAGAAGGAGAAGGAGAACACCUACAUUCUGGCUCUGGAUGGAGACACUGAUUUCCAGCCUUCAGCUGUGAUGCUUCUGGUGGAUCGCCUCAGGCUGUACCCUGAGGUCGGAGCAGCCUGUGGCAGGAUUCAUCCCACAGGCACUGGGCCCAUGGUGUGGUAUCAGAAGUUUGAGUAUGCUGUGGGGCACUGGAUGCAGAAGGCAGCAGAACAUGUGUUUGGCUGUGUGCUCUGCAGUCCUGGCUGUUUCAGCCUGUUCCGGGCAGCUGCACUCAUGGACGAUAAUGUGAUGAAGAGAUACACCACUGUUGCAACAGAAGCCCGCCACUAUGUGCAGUAUGACCAAGGGGAGGACCGCUGGCUGUGCACCCUCAUGUUGCAGCAGGGUUGGAGGGUCGAGUACAAUGCAGCAUCUGACUCCUACACCAACGCCCCUCAGGAAUUCAAGGAGUUCUACAACCAGAGGCGGCGCUGGGGGCCAUCAACCCUGGCCAACACUGUGGACCUGCUGGCAACUGGAACCCUGACGGCACAGAAAAACAAAUCUAUAUCCCGACUAUACAUUCUCUACCAGAUCGUAAAUAUGGCCUCUUCCAUCCUAGGCCCAGCCACUGUUUGCUUGCUGAUUGCAGGGAGCUUCAAAUUUGUGUUCAACAUGUCUUCCAAUGCUAGUCUGAUUCUGGCAAUCAUCCCACCUGCAAUAUACCUGUUCCUGUGCUUCAAGCUGAAAUCUGAUACCCAAAUCACCAUCGCUGCUGUUAUGAGUGUGUUUUACGCUUUCCUCAUGUCAGCGACACUGUUAUCAAUCAUUGGCGAAUUGGUAAUACAGAAGACUUUCCUGACCCCCAGCGGGAUUUUCUUCAUCGGGAUUGUGUUUCUGUACCUCACCACGGCCCUGCUGCACCCUAAGGAAUGCCACUUAGUGGUCUACGGCGUUGUUUACGCCCUCACCAUUCCGAGUGGGUACCUGUUGCUAGCCAUCUACUCCAUUGUCAACAUGAACAACGUGUCUUGGGGCACCCGCGAGACCGCCGGCCCGGGCAAGGACGGGCCCGACCCGAAAGAUCAGAAGAAUGUGAAGUUUGAGAAGAAGUGCAAGUGCUGCUGCUGGAAUGUUCAGUUCCAGGUACACGGAGAUGAGAAAGUGGUGGUCAGCCCAGGGCCCACAGAGGCCCCCAUUACCACAGAACCAACGAUUGAGAUCCAUCCUGAUCAGGAGGAAUGGAAGGUUGCUCGCAGGGAAGAAGAAUCCCCUGAAAUAUGCUGGAUAACACGGCUGAGACAGAAGUCGAGUGAGCUGGUCCUGGAAGAGGACACACUUGAUCACGAUGAAGAACAAUUCUGGAUACAACUCCAAGAGCAAUAUUUAAAGCCUUUGUAUGAAGACAAGAAAAAGCAGAUGCAAAUUGCAGAUGAUCUCAGAGACCUCAGAAAUAAGGCAGCUUUUGUCAUCUUCAUCUGCAAUGCUCUGUGGCUUGUAGUUACAUUUUUUCUGCAAGAGAUUGGUGCAGCAGUCUCCAUCGAAAUCCCCAAGACGCUACCCAAUGGCACAAUAGUACCCAGAGACAAAAUUUACAUUGACCCAAUUGGAUUCAUGUUUCUCCUUAGCUUUGCAUCCCUUCUGGUCAUACAGUUUUUUGGGAUGAUUUGGCACAGAAUCCAGACACUAAUUCACUUCAUAGCCUACAGUGGGACCCAAGCUAAACCUGUUAACAUAGAAAACAAAUGGCUAUUGGAGGAAAUGAAUGACAUGAAUUUCCUCUAAGAAAUUAUGAUUUCAGCAAUGCUGAUGAAAUCCAAAAAAGAUUCACCUGCAAGUUUUUAAUCUGGGGAGACGAUGGUGAUGGAAACUGGGUUUGUAAAUUGUAACAGUGAAAUGAGUUUUAUUGCUAGUCAAAUUUGUGAACAAAUUUAAUACGGUUGUUAUUUACAUUGUAUGCUUGAUCUCCUCUUGUCUGUAGUCAUGUCAGUCUUUCUUUUAACUAUUGUGUUUUUUCUUUCUUCCCUUACUCAUUUUUUGUAUCUUGAAUGUUCAUAUAUUUGCACUUUGCUGUUAGAUGUGCUACAUACUAUAUAUCAAAACUGGAUAAAGAUGUCUGAUGAAGUCUUAACAAUCAAUAAAAAUGAAUUGUUUCUGAUACUGUUAUAAAAACUGAAAACUCAUUGUCAGUCUGGAAUACUCAAUACUUUUUAAUUUUGUAUGAUAGUUAUUGUAUUAUAUAAUCAAUUGAUAAUGUCGGUCAGAAUGACUGACAAGCUACAACUGCAAGAUAAAACAAGUAUUUGUUUUGUGUUUUUCUGUAUGUGUUGUGUAAUUUUCUAUCAUCUGUAUUGUGGGGAAAAGCAGCUUUAUUUUCAAAUGCAUGUAAAUGGACAGUAAAUUAUUCUCAAAUGUAAGUAAUAAUAUUAACAGUUUAUUCGCUGCUAUGCAUUUAUUUGUUUGAAGUACAAGUUGAAGUUUGAAGUCGAGCCAGAGGGUGGUGCUGUCUCACUUUGCCAAGUCUUUACGAGCAAUAAAAGUCCGUUCUUCCUGACACAGGUCUUGUUCAUAAAAACUCGUUGUCAGACAAGAAUACUCAAUGAAAAGCUCAAACUGCUUUUCUUUGUGUUGUUAAAUGAUAGUUAUGAAGUAUGUAAUCUAUUGAUAAUAUAUAUCAGAAUAUCUGACUAAACCUGUGUUUAACCUAAAUGCAAAAUAAAAGAACAUUAUUUAUACUAUUGUGUUGUAUACAA